AUGGAGAGUCAACUCAUUGAUAAACUACAUACAAACUACGACAUACAUGCGUUGAACACUGAUCCCAUAUAUUCAGGGUUCCCUAGUGACAAAUCAAACAAGGCUCGAGAUUUCCAUGAGAACGUGCGUAGCACUUCAGUUGCAUUUUGUGACUUUGCACCCCAUAACAGAGAAAAUGAAGUAUGUGUGUUUCCAGAAACAUCCUUAUCUUAUCAGUUGAGUUUUCAGGGAUAUUCUUAAAAAAAUCUCACAUAUUUAUAAGGCUGACUCACCUGACAUGAUUGAACAGGAAAGUCGUGAAAUUGCUUAACACGGCAGAAAUGCUGUUACGGCUCGUCCUAUUCGCGCUCUGCUUGA